AUUCGAUCUAGGGAUUCCUUCCUUCCAUUUGCGCUACCAAAACCUUCACUGCGACGGCGGCGAGGUUAGAUAGAUUCUUCGGAAGCGGAGAUGGAGAUGGAGACGGAGACGGAGAUGGAGAGGGAGUCCAGGAAAAGGCCUAGGGUAGCGGCGGCGGCGGCGGAGGACCCCUCUCUGGCGGCGGCGGCGUCGGCCGAGUACGCGGCGUGGUUGGAAGAAAUGGCGGUGCAUGAGGCGAAGGCGGCUGAAUUCCGCAAGAACCUGCUGGCGAAUCCUUUGAUGGCCGAGCAGUUGCGAGAGCGCAAGGAAGCCGCGUGGGAAAAGUACAACAACGAGUCGUGGGAGAGGGCUCGCGACAACUGGAUCUGGCCUCCCUUCGAAGCCGACACGGACAUCUCUUGCAUGCGCUUUACCAACGAAAAUAUCAACGACCCUAAUUAUCCACGCCUUGUCUGCACCAUGGCAACUCUGCAGAUUGUUUCAGUCCAGGUGAAGGAAAUAACCGAUGGGUUACAUUGGCCGCUGGAUGUUUAUGGUUUUGUCGCUGUGCGUGAUGUGGUGGAUCGCAAACGCAUUAUGGUUUUCAACCGUGAAAGGGAUGACUACCAAAGAAUCACCGAGCAGGAUUCCUACCUAACACUGACUGGUCCUACCCGUGGUGUUGUCAUGACGAUUGAUCCUUCAUAUUUGGAGGCUAAGCUCAAAGUAAGAGGUGCUACUGAAUCUGAGGACAAAGAUUUGAGCAAAUUUGCUAAGACGUACAGCUUAGGCUGCUACCUUCCUAUCAAGCACACAAGCAAGCUUUGCACACUGGAGCUGCAGCAUUACACUGUUUGUUCAUCUGUGGAAGCCACAAUCCGUGUUCAAAUCAUUGAAGGGCAGUUUCCUCGUGAUUUCCGUGGUGUGCUUACUGCUAGCACGGACGCUGAAAGUGGUGUGAUGAUCUCAUUACUGGAUUUUAAUAAUGAUGAGUUGCCAGUUGAUGCUGAUGGCUCUGUGAAGCUAUCACGCCAAGUUAUCUCUGUUAAAAAAGGGGGGAAUCUGAAAGUUUCUGUCUGGCAACGGGGUGUUGGUGAGGAAGAAGAUCAAGAGAUAACUGCUGCAUCAUUUGUAGCUAAGGAAGCUGAAACAAGCACUAAUUACAUGCCGAUGAAGAAAUGGAAGUGCUGGAUGGAAGUCAGUGUCGCCUGGUCCCUUUUCAGCUGUUGGUGAGGAAUAAGACCAUGAGAGAGAGAGAGAGAGAGCUGCCAAAUCGUUGGAAGUAUAUCUAUGUAAUGGCAUGCUGACGACUUGCCCUUGUCCUAUUGUUUGAAGUCGUAUUUUGACCGUGUACCAACUAAUGAUAGGUGCUUGCAUGGACAAUGCAGGACUUGUUGUAUCUUCUGUUCGAAGAGAUUUUGCUUCAUGUCUUUUUUUUUG